AUGAUCGCAUUAAUUAUCUUAGUUAGUCAACAACGUAUGCAGCAAUCAAGUGUUAAGUUAACUGAUUUUGGUACAGAAUUUCUACCAGUUAACUCUAUUGAAUAUAUUCAAACAUUUUGGGUUGAAGGAAGAAUUGUUUAUUGUGCUAGUUAUUGCAGUCGAAAUCCACAAUGUCGAACAUUUGACUAUGAUUCUGUGAGUUUUCGCUGUCGAUUAUUUCAAGGUGAACUAGCAACAGAUAUUUUAGCUGUUCAAGAUUUAAUUGAUGCUGAUAAAAGUGGUUAUAAUAUGAUGAGGUUCUUUACUAAGUAUGAUUUAAAUAAUCGUACAUAUCUAUUGUUGUUUUCGGAGUCUUCUACAUCAGAUGCUAAAACAAUCGACAAUAGUGUUUCGGAUACCCCAACGUUCGAUGUAUUACCGGAUCGCAAGCGUACGCGCGUAAAUGUUGAAAGUCCAUUAGGAUCUCAACCAUUUACUGUUGCCGAACCUCCAUUAGGAGCUCAGACACUAAUCGCCACCUCGCUUCAAGGUACGAUAAUACCUCAAACAACAGAGCCGAUAUACGCGGUUCCUCAAACAAAGACAAUAAUUAAUCUUACUACUUCUGCGAUUGAUUGUAACGGCUUCAAUAGUGAUGCGAUGGACGAUAUGCUAUCGCUAACCAUCCCGGAAGUGUCAGUACAGUGGAUGGUAACAUCGAAAGUUAAUAAGUCGGGCAAGAAAUCGAAGAAUAAAUCGACAAAAAAACUCGAAAAAAAUGUUCCGACAACAACACCUUAUCUUCAAAUACCCCCACCGCAAUUUCGUCGACCACCAUCGCGCGGAUCUCGUUCUCGUUUCCGCUCUUCUACCAGAAUGCGUUUUAAUCCAUCUAACCAACCCCGUGCUUCUCAUAUUCCAAGAGUAGAAAACACCCGUUUAUCGCAAGGAUCAUCGCAAAAUACAGCGUAUCGAUACAAUCCUCCACCAUUAAUGUCGAUCGAUCCUGCAUAUAUAUCUCGAUUUUUUGUUCGACAACAAAUACGAAAACAAUUUGAAGAAAGUCAAAAACAGAAACGUGAACGCCAACGAGCAGUUCAACCAACCCUCACACCUGAAGCAACCAAAUCGACCAAUGCAAUCAUAACGGUCAACUCGAAACCGCAGUCUAAACCUUUGCCAUUACCAACGACAACUGCUGAUCUGAUUCCAGUUCCAACCGUAGCAGUAUUAUCAGAUGGCGUCUCAAAUACGACAAGACGAGCUACAAUCACCACAUGCUACAAAUAA